AAGACUUACGCGUAAAAAAAUGAAUAAAAAGAGUUGACUCCGAAAAUCAUGCAAAUCACUUUUUCUCUUUCAUAAGAAUGACAAAAGAUCCCUUCAUGACCGAGAUGCCAAAGCAAGCUUGGCUCUUUACAAAACGCUUUGGUAUUGUUUUCUGUCUCUUUACAAGCCUUGUUCUCUUUACACAUAUCUAUACGUUAUGGACACAUGGUUAUAGUAUGGGUGGUAAACAACAUCAUUCAUUUCUUGACUAUCCCAAUGAAAUUGGCUCAACAGACGCUAUUCAGUUAUCGAAAUUCAUGGCUUCUCUGGAUACAUUGUGGAAACUAGACGAAAAGAUCUCCACAUCCUAUCAAACUCACCAAGACAUCUACUGGACGAAAGAGAUUGAUGUCAAAGAUAUCUACAAACGAUCUCAAGUAGUUCAAUCGAUUGUUAUCCCUUCUUCUGCCAAAGAACCCUCACCCAACAUGCCUAAAGUAAACAAUGCAUUCAAGAUCAAAAGGCCCUUAAGACCUCAUUAUCAUACUGUACCCGAAUGUAAUCAUUUACCUUAUGAAAAGACAAAGACAGUCAUGUUCUCACCAGAAGCAUUCAAGACACUCCAUAUCAAGCUGGAUGGAUUGUUUAGUGAUGGUGGGCUAGUCAACAUGUACACUUCCCGAGACACACAGGAUAUUCAGAUACAAGCCAAGUUUCAUGCCCAUACAGAAGAUCUGCUGAGUCAUAUCUUGUUCUCUGAAGUAGACAGUGUUGAUUCCAAAAUCAAAAAUAUCCAUAUCAAUCAUCAUCAUCCUUCCAUUGCUAAAUCUUGUUUAGUCUAUCGUCUUGACAUUGUAUUUCCAUCUACAUUAAACAGAUACAACAGUCUAGACAUCAAAGUCAAUCAUGGUCGAAUGGAAGGUGAAUUAGAAGGAUUAGAGUUUCAUACGUUUAUGGCUGGAUUAGGAAGAGGGGCUAUUGACUUCAAGGGAUUAAAGGCAGACACCAUCAUGGUGGGUGCACUCAAUGGUAUGAUCAUGGGUAGUUAUUAUCCUGUCCAUACAUUGGGUGCUGCUGUACUCACAGGGGCUACAAAUGUACAAGUGUAUCCUCAAUCAGGAUCAAAAUCAACUGUUGUUGCUUUAGAUGGUCCUGUCAAGACAACCAUGAUAUUACCUUAUGGAGCAAAUCAGGCAUUCACAGUUCAUUGCUGGUUAUGUGAACCAGAGAUUGUAUCUCCUUUUGCUGAUAAGAUACACACUACUUGUGCAAAAAGAAAUGCUAUCAAAAUGGGCUAUUAUGGUCAAUUAAAAGGACGUGGUUAUGUCAAUGUGCAUUCAAGACAUGGUGAAUCUAAACUGAUCCUUCAAUAAUAAUAAUAACAAUAACAA